ACAUAAAAAUUGGAGUUGUUGGGAAGUCUCUUCUAUUGAAUCGAGUGGACCUACAGAAUAAUUCUACUGAAUUGAUAUUAAAAAAAAUAUUAGGCAUCAAUAUAAAACAGAUGCUGGUGUCCUACAGCAAAUUGCGGGGGAUUUACCAUAUUGAAGAGAACAAAAGAUAUAGAUUUAAUGAAGAACAUGGAACUUUAGAAAUUAUCAAAACGAAAAAGGAGGAUGAAGGAGAAUAUGAGCUGGUGGUAUUAACAUCAGGUCUUGAAAAUGUUAAUAAUCUGCAUAUUGAAAUUUACGAACUGAUUUCCAACUUGUCUAUUGACAUGACACAAAAUCAGGAGAAUGCAAGCUGUCUUAUUACUUUGAAUUGUACCCUGCAAAGCGGAGAUAGAGUGACAUACAGCUGGAUCCAAAAUCAGGAGGUUCUAAAUACCAACAGUAGUGUGUUACAGAUUACUGUUACAUCUGACACAGCUAACAGCACAUACACCUGCAAAGCUUCCAACCCUGUUAGUGAGAACACCACAGUGGCCACACCGUGGAUGAAGUGUAAUUUUAAAACAGAACAGACAAAGCAUUCUUUCCUGGUUUACGCUGUUGUCAUAACAGUGGUAGCUCUGCUAUUCUUCCUGCUAAUCAUUUUAUGGAGACAUUAUUCAAAGAAAACAGAAGGCAAACAUGUACUAAACUCACAAGGACCUGCCCCAAGAGAAGAACCAGAACCUCAGGCUGUCAACACAGUAUACUCCACAGUACAGAAACCACAGCCUCCAAUAUCUCCAGUACAAACAACACAAACAGUGUAUGAACUUGCUGGUCCAGUGGUAAAGCCUACUUCAACUCAUAAUGUGGCACCCUGUUAGGAACUACAGGCAAGGGAAUUGUUUUGAUUAAGCAGGCUUGAGUAGAGUUUUAUAUAUUUCAUAUAUUUUUUUAGUUUUGGUGUGAUCAUGUACUGAGGCUAAUAGAUUUGAAUUAAAGUAGGUACAUUGUAAAUAACGAUGAAUAAAGUUCUUAUCUGUUAACUUGAAAACUAAGAGCUCGCUUACAUUGAGCCUUUAAAAAUGGAGCCGUAAGCUACCGAAGCGUAAAGUAAUUUACGGCUCCAUUUUAGUACCAGGUUUCCAUUGAAAAGGUUCCCGCUUUGCGAGCGGUCGCUCUUCUCUUGUAGGUGUAAGUUAGCGUUGUGUUAACGCUUCAACCCGAUGCCGGAUUUCUAAAACAUUAAUAGGUUACUAUGGUAACCCGACCUUACACUACACGAUUGCAUAUAUGGCGCCGCUGUUAAAAUCAAAUCAAACACCUAACGCAUGUGCAAUAUCUACCCCUCAACCGCAACCCCCCACUGCAAUAACUAAUGUAUUAACCCCUAAUCCGCCAACCCCCAUACCGCAAAGUAUCUAUCAAAGUUAUUAACCCCUAAACCACCAUCUUCCCACAACGCAAUCUAGCUAUUUAAACUACUAACCUCUAAUCUGCAAUGCCCUUAUAACGCAAACUAUUUCAACUAUUAACCCCUGAUCCGCCAUUAACCCACAUCUCAAUUAACCUAAUACAACUAUAAACCCCUAAACCGCCAAAACCCACAACGCAAAUAACUAAUCAAUAAGCCCCCUAACCUAACACCUCCUAAAUUAACCCCAUUACAUACAUUAAAAUAAUCCUAAAUUACAAUUAAAAUAAAAAACCUAACAUUACUUAGAAAAAAAAAAUAAGUUUAAAUUAAGCUAGAAUUACAGAAAAUAAAAAAGUCUAACAUUACAUAAAAUAUUAAACAAAAUUAUUAAAAAUAAAAAAAUUAAACGUAAUCCCUAUGAAAAUAAAAAAGCCCCCCAAAAUAAAAACACCCCCUAAUCUAAACUAAACUACCAAUAGCCCUUAAAAGGGUCUUUGUAGGGCAUUGCCCUAAGUUAAACAGCUCUUUUACCUAAGUUCUAAACUAAGUUUCCCCUAACAGUAAAACCCCCCAUCCACCAAACCCCCCAAAAUAAAAAUAAAGUAACAUUAAAAAAUCCAAAACUACCCAUUGCCCCUAAAGGGGCAUUUGUAUGGGCAUUGCCCUUAAAAGGGCAUUCAGCUCUUUUACUGCCCUUAAAAGGGCAUUCAGCUCUUUUUCAAUU